ACAAAGUAGAAGAGUGAAGAGCAGGUUGGAAGAGCUGGAUCAAAUUGGAGGUGUUUCCCUUGGUUAACAAAAAAUUUUAUAUUCUAUAGUUUCUUUUGAACAAGAAUUGUACAUUUACGCUGUCCAAUUAAAUAAUCGCAAGUAAAAAAAAGUUUUUCAGAUAAUUCAACGGUAGAUUUUGUUUAGAUUAUCGCACAAUGGAUGCCUUUGGUGACAAUUUUGUCAACGAACCUGAUGUAGAUCCAGCUGCAGAGUUCCUGGCGAGGGAGCAGGAUCAACUAGCGGGUUUAGAAGAUGAUAUCACUCCAAUGGCUGUAACUCUGGCUGCUGCAGCAGCAGGCCAAACUGAAGAUGAGCUGUCUGGAAAAUUUGGAAAUCUGAAAGUCGGUCCAGGAGGCGACGCUGAAGGUUUUGAAAUUGUAGAUACCAUCGGACAAUCUGUAGAGACACAAGCAUUGACGACAUCAGAACCAAUGCCUCCUCCACCAGUUAAGGAGGAACCUGAAAAAAUUAAAAAAUGGAGGGAAGAACAAAAAGCGCGUCUUGAAGAAAAAGAUGCAGAGGAAGAAAAAAAGAGAGAAGAGUGGAGAGAAGCUGCGAAGAAAGAGUUGGAAGAAUGGUACAAGCAUCACGCAGAAGCUAUUAAUAAGACGAAGACUACCAACAGGGAAUCAGCCAAGAACGCAGAGAAGCAGUUUGUCGCAGAAGCGGAUGAGGUUGAACCAGGCACCGAGUGGGAACGUAUUGCCAAGCUUUGCGAAUUCAAUCCGAAAUCGUCCCGCACCUCCAAGGACGUUUCCCGAAUGCGUUCAAUUAUUUUACAAUUAAAACAGACACCGCCCACUCCUAUUAAUGCUUGAUUAAAUUGAAGUUAUCUCUGCAGUUAGAUUCUGAGAAUACGUGUUAUGAUAAAUAAGCGAAAAAAUAUGAUAAAAAAGAAGAUAUAAUGCACGUCGUGAUCACGACGAUAUUAACAAAGCAAAAUUCAUAAAUGUUCUGUUAAAUAAAAAAUAAGUAAUAUUAUAUGUAUAAUAAAAGUUAUUAAUAAUAAAUACAUUAUGAAGUAUAU